UAAUCUGUGAAAGCAGAAACAGUGGCCACAUUCCCUUAACGUACCUUAUUUGUGCUUGAUUCCUGCUUAUAAUCCAAUACCCAUAAUACCAACUUUGCGCUCUGUUGUACGUUUUCUUUGUGGCAAAAUGGCUGCUGACGGUGUUGUGGAUGAAAGUAAUUGUGAUGAAAAUAUAGGAUUGGGUUGUGCACUAGAAAUGUUUUCAGAACUUCAAGAAGUGAUAAACAUGAUAGAAAAUCUAAGGACAAUAUAUUCGUCAGAAAUAUCUGUAGAACGCGCUUACGAACGUUUUACGUACAUUAUGAAUCAAUAUCAAGAACAACCCCACUUGUUGGACCCCCAUCUCGACAAUAUUUUAGACAAAUUAAUUUGCAUUGUACGCUGUAGAGACGCUUCUAUAGAAUUAAAACACGCUACUUUCAAAUAUCUGUAUGUGAUAAUGAAGGUCAGAGGCUACAAAGUAGUAGUUAGGCAUCUACCACACGAGGUAUCAGAUAUUGAGCCCGUUCUUCAACUUCUAGAAAUUCAGAAUCCUUCUGACAAUGCAACUUGGCAGACACGUUAUGUCUUGUUGCUGUGGUUGUCCAUUAUUGUUAUGAUUCCAUUCCACAUGUCUCGAUUAGACAGUUUUAAACCAGAGGACCUCGGGAAUGAACGCCGAAAAACUGUCAUGGAAAGGAUUCUUAGUGCAUGCAAGAUAUAUGCACUUAGUAGCGACCUGUUUCUUGUUGCUGCCUUUUUGUCUUCCCGCUUCCUGGCUCGGCCACAUGUGAAGGAACUUCACCUAGCUGCGUUCCUUGACUGGGCAUGCAAUUGGAUUGUGUCUUCUGACAGUCCAGUGUUUGCACAGUGUGGAUCUUUGGCAGCAGUUUCGUCGAUCUUGAAACAUGGAAAGCGGGAGGAUUUACUUCCUCACAGUCAAUCACUGUUAAAGUGGAUCUUAGCAAGCAAGUACCGACAGAAUAGUGGGACAAACAUUACUUUUUUUAUGUACAAGGCCAGUGGUCCCCAAUGCGGUCUGAUAUUUCUAAAGAUGCGUGUGGCAGUUUGGCGAUACCAACGUGGUGGCAGAUCUCUUGCAGCAAAUCUCAGUGCAGGGGAUGGUGUAGCACCUGAGCCAUCGCCACUGAACUCAGUUCUGCAGAAUGAAGAGGAAUUGGAUGAGGAUUUUGAAAUACCUGAUGGAAUUGAGGAGGUGAUUGAAGAACUGGUACAGGGACUCAGAGACUCUGAUACUGUAAUUAGGUGGUCAGCUGCAAAAGGUAUCGGUAGAGUAACAGGACGACUUCCCAAAGAACUGGCAGACGAUGUAGUCGGUUCAGUUCUGGAACUGUUCAAUAUACGGGAGUCUGAUGGGGCAUGGCACGGAGGAUGCUUGGCUCUGGCAGAGUUGGGUCGCAGGGGACUGCUUCUACCACAGCGACUUGUUGAAGUGGUACCGGUGAUACUUAAAGCUCUGGUGUACGAUGAACCAAGAGGCUAUGCGUCAGUGGGAACCCACAUCCGUGAUGCUGCGUGCUAUGUCUGCUGGGCAUUUGCAAGAGCAUAUGACACUACUGUACUGCAACCAUUUGUGAAGGAUAUUGCAGCAGCCUUGUUGGUGACGGCGGUGUUUGACAGAGAGAUCAAUUGUCGGAGAGCAGCUUCGGCUGCAUUCCAAGAGAAUGUUGGGAGACAGGGAACAUUUCCUCAUGGUAUUGACAUCCUCACCACUGCAGACUACUUUACUGUUAGCGUCAGGAGCAAUGCCUUUCUAAACAUCAGGUACACUCUACAAGAACUAGAAACUUGCAUUUUCAACAUUUUCUGUGAAUUGAAGUAUCUUUUACAAAUGUUUGUUGGACAGGCACUUCACAAUCUGACACCAAAAGCUCCGACAUUCACAACUGAAACUGUUCUCCGUGCCUUGUUAGAUAAGACAUCUUCCAUUGAUCUCAAUGCUCGUCAUGGUGCCGUGUUGGGCAUUGCUGAAAUUCUUCAUGCACUGGCUGUUAUGGCUAAACAGUCUGAUCGAACUAUACAGGACGUAGUUGGACCAAGAAUUGUAGAUGAGGUUAGGAAUCUGGUCCCUACAUUUGGACAACGUCAACAGUUUCGCGGUCUGGGAGGUGAACUUAUGAAACAGGCUUGCUCAUUUCUCAUUGAAAAAUGUUCUAUGGCAGUUAUGCCUUUCCAUAACCAUCAAGUUAUUGAAGAUUGGCAGACAUUACUGGAUGAGUGUUUGUCUCAUGAGGUUGGCAACAUUCGUUCUCAAGCUGCAUUAGCGUUGUCUGCUCUGUUCACCGAGUACUAUCAGCUGCGAUCAGAGCCUGGGGAACAUUAUCAGAGAGCAAAGUGUAACAAAGUGAUUGCCACAUAUACAAGACAGUUGGCAGCGAAUAAUCAAAUUACUCGAAUGGGCUACUCGUUAGCUAUUGGUUCAUUUCCUAAGUUUAUGUUUGAUGAACAGCUUGACAUAGUAAUUGUUGCCUUAAUACAAUGCUCAAAGAUCACCGAGACAACUGGCAAGUGGGCAGAAAGCCGCAGAGAUGCUCUGAAGGCUGUCACUUCAAUUUGCCUUACUGUGUCUAGUUCCGAGGAUUUGGAGCCAGUGUUGACAUCACAUUUGGAUCAUUUAUAUGACUGUUUCUUGGACGGUCUAACUGAGUAUACAAUGGACAGUCGUGGUGAUAUUGGGGCCUGGGUUAGAGAGGCGUCAGUGACAGGCCUUCAGGUAUUGACAGGCCUUGUUGUCAAAUCAAACUCUUCAUUGCUGACAUCGGAACUGGUGACAAAAGUAAUGGUGGGUGUGGCACAACAGGCUGUGGAGAGGAUUGAUCGAACACGAGCUCAUGCGGGCAAAAUUUUCAGGAACCUUCUGCACAGUGAUCCUGCGAUACCAAACAUUCCACACCAUGCAGAGCUGGUAAAAAUCUUCCCACCAGCAUCACGUGAGCACGAGAUAAACUGGAUUGCAGCAUCUGACACAUUCCCUCGUUUCAUACAGUUGCUUGCAUUCCGACCUUUCACGUACAAUGUGCUGCUCGGUUUGGUAGUCAGCGUGGGUGGCCUCACUGAGAGUGUGGUGAAACACUCCAGUUCAUCACUGUUCUCGUACCUGAAAGCUCAUCAUUCUAACAGUCUGGAGCUGGAACGACUUUGUAAAACCAUCAUUGAAAUUUUCCGACACCACCAGUACGUCGACAGGAUCACUAUUCCAUUGUUUGAAUUUCUGGAUCGUCUGUUUAGCUCAGGCUGCGUUUGUUCUGUCUUGGAAAACCCUCGGUCGACAUUUGCAUCAGACGUACUGAAUCACACGAAGCUUGAGAUUGGCAAGACUCGUGAAGUGACCAAACUAAGGGGAAGUGUGAAUGUAUUAUGUCAUUUGGUUCAGGUAAACGGGGAGGUUUCUAGACGCUCGCUGGUGCAGUUGUGUAUAUUUUUAUGCAAUCGAUUCUUAUGGGUCCGAAAGACGACAGCCAGCAGACUUUACGAGGCGCUACUGCUGUAUGGGGAGGACAGUGUCAUUCCUGGAGAGAACUUGGAUGAGGUCAUGGCCAUUCUGAGUGAUACCGACUGGGAGCAAGACGUAGACAUUGUGAAACCCACGCGCAACAAACUUUGCAACCUCAUGGGUGUUCCGGUACCCAAGACUGUGUCUGUAGCGGCAGCAAGAAAGAAGGAACCUAGAAUAUCACAGUAACGAACUGAUGCAGAAAGGCUGGCGUUGGCUCACAACCUAUUUACUUGAUUGCCCACUGUAUGUGUGGGCUACUUGUGAAAUCAUUAUUUCCAAAGGUAACUCUUAGCUUCAUUCCCACAUUUAUGUGUCCAGUAAUACAAAUUUUCAGUGAGAAUAUUUUACUGCAGUAGUUACAAUAUUUAUAAUCACCAUAGUGAAUAUAUAAUAAUAGUAAGACCAUGCAGUUUGGUUUUUAUCUCAGUAUUAGGUGAACAUAUACUUUCAGUUUGAAAGUAAAAAAUGUAAUGGGCUAAGAGUAAACAGAUACAUUUCUUUGUAA